AUGCUAGUACCUGCGCCACACGUCCUGCGGUCCCCAAGCUUGCGAUCUCCAUGGCUCGCCCGUUCACAGGAGGGCGCGCUGACUCGGCCCCGGGGGCGGCGGGCAGAAGUGGACUUGGAGUCUAUUAGAAGGAAGAACAAGGCCGGACCGGAGCAGGAGCGCCGCGCCGGGGGAGGGGACAACCAGAGGGACGUCAUGCAGAGACAGUACCUCACGUUUAAGCCUCAGACGCUCACCUACCGGGAUCCUGUCCUCCGCCCCGGAGUCCUCGGUAACUUUGAACCCAAAGAGCCUGAGCCUCACGGAGUGGUUGGUGGCCCUGGAGAGAAAGCCCAGCCCUUGGUUUUGGGACCAGAAUUCAAACAUGCAGUUCAAGCCAGCAUUAAAGAGUUUGGAUUUAACAUGGUGGCAAGUGACAUGAUCUCGCUGGACCGCAGCGUCAACGACUUACGCCAAGAAGAGUGCAAGUAUUGGCAUUACGAUGAAAACCUGCUGACGGCCAGCGUCGUCAUUGUCUUCCAUAACGAGGGGUGGUCCACCCUCAUGAGAACAGUCCACAGCGUAAUUAAAAGGACUCCAAGGAAAUACUUGGCGGAAAUCGUGUUAAUUGAUGAUUUCAGUAACAAAGAACACUUAAAAGGAAAACUCGAUGAAUAUAUUAAGCUGUGGAAUGGCCUAGUAAAGGUGUUCCGAAACGAGAGAAGAGAAGGUUUAAUUCAGGCUCGAAGCAUCGGUGCCCAGAAGGCUAAACUUGGACAGGUUUUAAUAUACCUUGAUGCCCACUGUGAGGUGGCAGCUAACUGGUACGCACCACUCGUAGCCCCCAUAUCUAAGGACAGAACCAUUUGCACUGUGCCGAUUAUCGAUGUCAUAAAUGGCAACACAUAUGAAAUUGUGCCCCAAGGGGGUGGUGACGAAGAUGGGUAUGCCCGAGGAGUGUGGGAUUGGAGCAUGCUCUGGAAACGGGUGCCUCUGACCCCUCAAGAGAAGAGAAUGAGAAAGACAAAAACUGAACCAUAUCGGUCCCCGGCCAUGGCUGGAGGAUUAUUCGCCAUUGAACGAGACUUCUUCUUUGAAUUGGGUCUGUAUGAUCCAGGUCUCCAGAUCUGGGGUGGGGAAAACUUCGAGAUCUCAUACAAGAUCUGGCAGUGUGGGGGCAAAUUACUGUUCGUCCCCUGUUCCCGCGUCGGACACAUCUACCGCCUCGAGGGCUGGCAGGGGAACCCUCCGCCCAUCUACGUGGGGUCGUCUCCUACACUGAAGAAUUAUGUCAGGGUCGUGGAGGUCUGGUGGGAUGAGUACAAGGACUACUUCUACGCCAGCCGUCCCGAGUCGAAGGCCUUGGCGUACGGGGAUAUAUCAGAGCUGAAGAAGUUUCGAGAAGAUCACAACUGCAAAAGCUUCAAAUGGUUCAUGGAAGAAAUCGCCUACGAUGUCACGUCGCACUACCCGCUGCCACCCAGGAACGUCGACUGGGGAGAGAUCCGAGGCUUUGAGACUGCGUACUGCAUUGACAGCAUGGGGAGGACCAACGGCGGCCUGGUUGAGCUGGGGCCCUGCCACAGGAUGGGCGGGAACCAGCUUUUCCGAAUCAACGAAGCUAAUCAGCUCAUGCAAUACGACCAGUGUUUGACGAAGGGGCCUGACGGAUCAAAAAUCAUGAUCACCCACUGCAACCUGAAUGAAUUUAAGGAGUGGCAAUACUUCAAGAACCUGCACAGACUCACUCACGUUCCUUCAGGAAUGUGCUUGGAUCGCUCCGAGGUCCUCCACCAAGUGUUCAUCUCCGACUGUGACUCCAGCAAAACGACUCAAAAGUGGGAAAUAAAUAACAUCCACAGUGUUUAGAAAGAAGACAAGAAACCAGUAACCUACCUACUGACACGUCAGUUUGUACAGGACCGAGACCUGCCUGAGACCUGCUGCAACUGUCAUUACCUGCACAGCUCCGAACCCAGGGGCUCCCCAGGGGCCCGAGGACGUUGACAAACUGUGAUUUUACAAUAACAUUAGCAUCUGCAGUUCCUGUUUACAAAACUGCUUUUACCUUAAACUUUGUAGAUGUUUACAUCUUCUGUUUUGUUUUGUUUUCAGACGACGUUGGUAAUCUGUGCGUUUAGCUCUGCUUUAUUCAGAGCAGAGUUAAAAGCAUCACCGUCUUCUUUGGGAUUACACUCAGGGGUCGGAAAGGCAGUUUGAUUUUUUUUUUUCUUUUUUAACACACUUGAAAAAAGGUUGGAGUAACCAGACUUUCAUAUCUAACGUGGUGAUUAUCAGCCUGUCGUGUCUUUAUUUAAUUUUAUGUCUUUUUGAAGCACUGCCACAGGUUCUUCGCCAAGGUGGCCUUCGUUCACAGUCAUGCUGCUUUUUUGAAAGGUGAAUUCCAACACAUUUAGUGCCUCUUUCAUUUCUUGGUAUGUAUUUCAAGAGCUUUUGAUGCAAUUUUGUAGGAUGGUGAUGCUGGCAUUGUCACCUGCCUGAGGAACGCUUUUGCUCCUCAGAACUGAAUUUAC